CAAUUCUAUUGCUGAAUUGUCAGUAUUACGAGAUAAGUAGAAAUCUACUUCAUCGAUGUCGAAACUCUAUGCAAUCCUAACCUGUUUUAACGUAAGAUCACGGGAAACAAUGGGUUUCGGAAAAUCCUGUGAUAAUUCUAGUAAUCGUAAUUUUUAUGCGCGUACGAAAAGUCUGUGAAUAGUGUCGAAUUUAAGAAUUUCAGAAACAAUGGAAGUACGUUUUACCUAUGAGAAGAAACAUUUCAUAAGAAAACUUGAUUUCAACCAACCUAAAUGAUGGAGACGUCAAUCGUACGAACGAUUGAAUAAAAAAUAUUAAAAUGUCCAAGAGAAAGAAAAAUACAAACUGGGGCGAAAAUGGCUUUGAGGAUUGGGGUGGAUAUAUGGCAGCGAAAAAGGCCAAGCUAGAAGAACAGUUCCAGAUAAUCGCUUCUACGGAAUUUCAUAAUGCUUCAACUCUCUUUCAAGGAAUAGCAAUAUUUGUCAAUGGCUAUACUAAACCUUCGGCGGAUGAGCUGAAACGAUUAAUGAUGGCCCAUGGUGGGAUUUAUCAUCACUAUAUGCGACCACGCAUUACAACACAUAUAAUAGCAUCAAAUUUACCAUACUCAAAAAUCGUCAUGUACAGGAAGAGUCAACAUCCGGUCCCCAUUUGUAAACCAGAAUGGAUUUCCGAUAGUUUGAAAGCCGGCCGCGUUUUAGAUUAUCAGCCAUAUCUAUUAUACACUAAUUGUACUGAGACACAGCCAAGACUAAUGUUCAAGGCUGGUGGAACAAAUGAAAAAUUGACAAUUAGUUCAAAUAAUGGUACGAAGGAUCAAAAUUGUCUAAAAUCUUUAUCAGAGACUGCUAAACAAUCCAUUAAAGAUAUUGCCACGACUUUAAGUGUUAUUAAAAAUAAUAAACCUUUAAGCUCAGAAGAAAUCUUGAGUGAGAACGAUCCAUGUAUGUUGGAUAAUUGUAACAAUGAAGAAUUUACAAAACCGAAUUCUGUUACAUUUAAGAGUAUCAAUGCUGCAAGAAUAGUUUCAACAUCUGUCGCAAAUUCUUCAGUUGCACCGGAGCCUACAAAAGAAAGUGCAGUGAAUCAAAGACAAGUUCAAAAUGUACAACCAAAAAGUAACCACAACAUUUCAACGCAGAAUGUCGGUUUCCUUACUGAGUUCUAUAACAAUUCCCGACUUCACCAUAUCUCAACGAUGGGCGCCACUUUCAAAGACUAUAUAAACGAAUUGCGAGAUAAAAGCGAUGGAAUUUUUCCAGGAUUAGACCGACUCAAGUCCACAAUCCGUAAAACUCAAACAACUGUUUCUCCAAAUGGAAAUGGCUCCGAUUCGGAUACGGAAAUUUUUGAUGUUUCAGAUAACGGGAAGAAAUCAGUUGGAAAUAUUGUAAUGCAUAUAGAUAUGGAUUGUUUCUUUGUAUCUGUAGGUUUGCGAAACAAGCCAGAACUGGUUGGUCAACCAGUUGCCGUUGCUCAUGCUAAAGGAAAUCGUAAAACACGAGUACCAACAAAAGCUGUGGAAGGGGAAGUCAAUGACAAUUCUGAAGCUGAAAGAGAAGGUAAUAUGGAGGACGAUGAUUUUGGUUCUAUGUCCGAAGUGGCGUCUUGUUCUUAUGAAGCACGCAAGGCGGGAGUCAAAAAUGGAAUGUUCCUCGGACAGGCGUUAAAAUUAUGUCCAAAUUUAAAAACCAUAAAAUACGACUUUGAGGGCUACAAAGAAGUUUCCUAUGCACUGUACGAUACGGUUGCAUCAUACACAUUAAAAAUUGAAGCCGUCAGUUGUGACGAAAUGUAUGCUGAUUGUACUUCAAUCCUAGCCGAGACCGGUUUAAAUCCUAUGCAAUUUGCAAAAAUAAUCCGGAAGGAAAUUAGAGACAAAACUGGAUGUCCAGUUUCCACUGGUUUUGGAGGAAAUAAAUUGCAAGCUCGGUUGGCUACCAAGAAAGCUAAACCUGAUGGUCAAUUCUAUUUGGAACAAGAAAUGGUUCGAUCCUAUAUCGGAUCAUUGAAUGUUCGUGAUUUACCAGGUGUGGGUAUGUCUACUACUCACAAAUUAAAGGGUAUGUUGGUACAGAGUUGUGCCGAAUUGCGAAACAUCUCUUUAGCUUCUUUGCAAAAAGAAUUUGGCAAGAAAACCGGAGAGAUGCUCCACAAUAUGAGUCGGGGUGUGGACAAUUCGAAAUUGAAUUUGGAACACGUACGGAAGUCUGUAUCAGCGGAAGUGAAUUACGGUAUUCGAUUCAAGAACUCAAUAGAUGCUGAAGAUUUUUUAAAAAAGUUAUCAGUGGAAGUCUGUGCACGAAUGAAGAAAGCUAAUGUGAGGGGUCGAUCUGUUACCUUAAAAGUUAUGGUGAGGGCUAAAGAAGCACCUAUAGAAACACCAAAGUUUAUGGGUCAUGGUCUCUGUGAUUAUUAUACCAAAUCCAAAAACUUCAUUGUAGCCGUUGAUGAUGAGGUCAUCGUUACGAGGGAAGUAUUGGCAUUGUGGACUCAAUUGCAACAAAAACCAGAAGAAAUUCGAGGAAUUGGAAUUCAGAUUUCUAGACUAGAAUCAUUGAGAUCAAAGGCCGGUACCACUAACAUUUUAAAUUUUAUCAAUAAAAUUAAACCGUGUGAUUCCGAAAAUAAACAACGUGGAUGUGAUGAAAAUCAAUUACUUUUGCACAAUAUUGAAGUAAAUUCAAUUUCCAAAAAAUCAGAUAGUGAUAAUGGAAAAACUGAAAAUUCAAAGAAUUUAACAACUUUUUUUAGCAACAGUGUAAAAAAGGAUAAUCUUGAUCGGCAGCGUACUCUGGAAUAUCCAGGGUUAAACAAUUGUAAAAUAGACGAUAGUAUACUUCCUGCGUUACCAGAGGAUAUUAGAAAUGAAAUUUUACAUGCAAAACACAAUACUGUCAAUUUUGAACAUAACAAAGAGAUUCAACAACCUGGACCUUCAAAAAUGGUUACUACAAGUAAAUUAAAUAUGCUUGGAAAAACCAUACAAAAUGAAGAAUCUUUAGCAUCAAAGACUAAAAAAGAUGUGUGUCUUUCAUCCGAUAAUAAUGUUUCUAAUAUAAACAAUUUCGAAGAAAGACCAGCAUACAAUUUACAAAAUCCUUUUAUGACAUCAGACCACAAUAAUUCUUUAUUUAAUGUUUUAAUGGAAUCUGAGACUAAUCAAGAAACAAAUAUUUUACAAUUAACCCAAGAUUUGGAUGAAGCCGUAUUGGCAGAAUUACCAGAGGAUAUAAGAAAUGAGAUUUUGGCCGCAAAAAUAAUUAAAAAAAAGAAAAAUGAUAAAAAAGGCGAUAAAAUUUCGAGACCAUCUGAAGCACUUGCAGUGGAUGAAACAUCAAGUAAAUCAUCCGAACCAGGACAAAUAUGCAUUUCAGAAAAAAAAUCGUCAGGUAAAAAAAUUCAAACUAGUCAAGAAUCGUAUUUUCGUCAUACAAAACCCAGUACAUCAAAUUCGAUAAAAGCAAAACUGCCACCAAUAGAACAAAUAAAUAUGGCGGUUCUUGUGGAACUGCCUGAGGAAAUACGAAAUGAAAUUCUCAAUGAAUAUCGCAUGAAACAGCAAGAAGAAACUUCUUUGGGAACAAAAGCUGAAGUGGCUCUCCAAACAGAACAUAAUAUCGCAGUCGGUAUUUCCAACGUGCAAACUAAUUCCAAUGUGAAUUCUGAUUCGACGAAAACUGAUUUAAAUGUAUCAUUUUCCCAAGUAGAUCCAGAAUAUUUGGCAGCUUUGCCUGUAGAAAUAAGAAACGAUGUCAAGCAAUAUUGCACAACAAAGAAAAUAGAAAAAGAAAUGAAAAUGAAAAAAAAUCAACCACAAGCUACAGUGUCAAAGGGUCUAAUCAAUUUUUGGAAUAAACCAAAUGCAAAUAAGAAUUCGAAUAAACCUAAAACAGUAUUACCAAAAGGAACCAAGAAAACAAAAACUUCGAAAACAACGAAAAACUCAAAAUUGGUAACUGAAAACAGAGAAACGUCAAUAAGUCCAACUUAUGAAAAUGCAACAAAAGCAGUUACUAAUACGACUGUACCAAAAGAAAAAAUAGUACCAUCAGAAUCAGAACCAACUCCUUUCGUGGAAAAACCAGAAAUUAAUGAAGAAGAGAAAAUAUUAAAUACACUUGUGAAUCGAUUCCUGAAUUUACCGCUUAAACAGGUAAAGAGCCAAAUACAAAUGUGGAUAUCCUCAAACAACGACAUAAUUGAAAUCGAUGUUUUGUCGCUCAUUACGUUUCUCAGUUCUCUCCCGGAAAGCAGACGCUUAACGGAUCUUCAUAUUCUCUUAAAAAUGAUGCACAGAUGCAUCACCAGAAGCGGAAAUUGCGUCUGGCACCGGACGUACAAGAGAAUCGUCGAGCAUGUCCAGAAUUCAAUGCGAGUAGAGUACAACAGCGACUUAAUUCUACCGCCAAUGAGGUGCGAACUUGCUGAGUGCGAAGUCGCCCCGUUUCAUGUAUAAAUUGUCAUUGUUAUCAUGGUCGUUUAUCGAAUAAAUAAUAAUCGCCUUUA